CCCUGAGAAAGCAGAAAUGCAUCACAUUCACUCGUAGUACAACUUGCACCUCGAACUUCGAGAUCAGCACUUCCAAUGUGACGAGAAGCAGAGGCUUGUAUCUCUGACUCGAUCUCGCACCUUUUGAUCUGUAUUUGUUGCCCUGUCUUCCCCCCCCAAAAUUUCAAGACCAACCAUGCCUCCAGCACGACCACGAAACAUCGACGACUCACGAUCAGAUGCCUCAAGCACCGUCACCAACCAGAAAGAAAAAUCACUGCUGGGUCCAACAAGCGGAUCAGGGACAUCGAAAGGAAAACGUACAGCUCCAAACCUCCAUGGUCCUAACGGCUCGAGUAAGGCUGCUGUGAACGGCUCUGCCGUAGCAGCUGGUUCAACCUCAGCCGCUGCUGCCGACACAGAAAGAGACCCGAGUCUUCCUAGAACGGAUUGGACCACGAUGCCCACCUCCAUCUUGCGAACAUACCGAAUCGCCCACCGUCUCCCCGUCCGGGCCGCAUUCAACCACGGGCACGCUGAAUUAACAUACACCUCCUCCGAGCUCGCCCUUCGCGCUCCAUCUGCCGUACAAGCCCGCAGGAAACUCCGAGAUCAGAAACACCAAAGACGGAAAUUACAACAAGCGCAGACAAACGGUACAGGGAAGAGCAGUAAAUCAAAGGACAAAGGAAAAGAACGUUUAUCAGUGACGCAAUCUAUUGAAGCACCUGACCACAACUCUGAACAAGCGUCCACUUUGUCGUCUGCGACAAGCUCAUCGACGUACCUCGGUCGACGGGAGGCAGCCACGCAUCUAGCCAAUUCCGUCAGGAAACAUUUCAAUGCCCAGCAGUUGAGCGAGGCAGACACCAUUGCCCGGUUUAUAUACGUGGUGCAACAGAAUGGGAAGAGUGUCGCGACAGAAGGCUCUGCCGGCGACGGGACGGGCUACUGGAUGGGCAGUCAUGGAAGGCAGGUCAGGAAAAUCGAUGGACCAGGUGGAGAGGUUGGAUUCAGGUUGCGAUUCAGACCUUGAUGCAUUGUGGGAGCGACGGAGUACGACUUGACAAAACGGCGUUUAUGAAUGGGGUCACGGACCAAAUAUAGGGUAUUCGGCGCACUGGAAGCAUGAGAAAAGGACAUUGAAGGGAUUUGUAUUAUAAACUUGCAACCGGGAUUUUUCCAAGCCACGACACAUAGCAUUUUAUUGGGUCCUGCCAGGUCCAGAGGCGGCGUUGCCAGUAAAUUCACCUCAUAGCAUAGCAUGACAAGGCCGAAUCCUUGAUAGUCUAUAUAUAUGCCUGUAGCUGCGCGUUACGGCUUCACGAAAACGUACGCCUGGCCUUCCC